CAUUUGGAUAUCUCACACGCGUACAACAAAGCGCACAGGCUGUAAGACCACCUGCAUAUAUAAUGCCCAGCAAUCUGGCGCAAGAAGAAAGCAAGCUACAUCGAUCGAUUGCAGAGUGAUACCGGAGAUGGAGAGAACCGUGAAGCCUCACCUCGUGCUCAUCCCAUGGCAAGGAGGCAUCAGCCACAUCAUCCCGAUGACCGACAUCGGCUGCCUCCUCACGUCCCACGGCGCGGCGGUCACCGUCAUCACCACGCCCGCCAACGCGCCGCUCGUGCAGAGCCGCGUCGACCGUGCCGCGCCGCCGGGGAUCACGGUCGCCGCGAUCCCGUUCCCGGCCGCCGAGGCCGGCCUGCCCGAGGGCUGCGAGAGGCUGGACCUCCUCCGCUCCCCCGCCGACGUGCCCCGCUUCUUCGCCGCCAACAAACGGUUCGGCGAGGCGGUGGCGCGGUACUGCCGCGGCGCCGGCGCGUCUUUGCUGCCCUGCCGGCCGACCUGCAUCGUCUCCGGGAUGAGCAACUCGUGGACGCUAGGCCUGGCGCGCGAGCUCGGCGUGCCGUGCUACGUCUUCCACGGCUUCGGCGCGUUCGCGCUGCUCUGCAUCGAGCACCUCUUCAAGCACAGGCCGCACGAGGCAGUGGCGUCCCCCGACGAGCUCUUCGACAUCCCGGCUCUGCCGCCGUUCGAGUGCAGGGUCUCGCGUAGGCAGCUGCCGCCGCAUUUCCUGCCGUCGACUUCCAUGGGCGGAGGGCCGCUGCAAGAGAUGCGGGAGUUCGACCUGGCCGUGGACGGCAUCGUGGUAAACACGUUCGAGGAGCUGGAGCACGGCUCCACGGCGCUUCUCGCGGCGGUCACGGGUAAAAAGGUGCUCGCCGUCGGCCCCGUCUCGCUGAGCCGCUCACCAAGUCUCGAUCCACAGGCAAUGUCGGAAGACGCAAGGCGAUGCAUGGCGUGGCUGGACACCAAGGCGUCCAAGUCCGUGGUGUACGUCAGCUUCGGCAGCGCCGGGUGCAUGCCGGCCGCGCAGCUCAUGCAGCUCGGCAUGGCUCUGGUCUCGUGCCCCUGGCCCGUCCUCUGGGUUGUCAAGGGCGCCGACACCCUGCCUGACGACGCUAAGAAGUGGCUGCGCGAGAACACCGACGCUGACGGCGUGGCGGACACCACCAAGUGCCUGGUGGUGCGCGGGUGGGCGCCCCAGGUGGCCAUCCUUGCCCACCCGGCCGUCGGCGGCUUCCUGACGCACUGCGGGUGGGGUUCGACUCUGGAGGCCGCCGCUGCCGGCAUGCCCAUGGCCACCUGGCCGCUGUUCGCCGAGCAGUUUGUCAACGAGAGGCUCAUCGUGGACGUGCUCGGUGUCGGGGUGUCCGUAGGCGUGACAAAGCCAACGGAAAACAUCCUGACCGCUAGUAAAACCUAUGGCAGCGAAGCCGAGGUGGAGGCGGAGGUGGGGAUGGAACAGGUGAUGGAGGCCUUGGAGAGGCUGAUGGAUCAGGGAGCGGAAGGGGAGGAGAGGUGGAGGAAGGCUCAGGAGCUCAAGUUGAAGGCGAAGGGCGCUUUGGAGAAGGGAGGAUCAUCCUACGUUAAUUUGGAGAAUUUGAUUCAUUCUUUCGUUUGAAGCUGGAUACCUCUCACCGACGCAUGAUUUUUAGCACACGUGUCUGCCUCACCGUCAGACAUUUUAGUUGUUUUCUUAAAAUUAUUUCAUGCCAUUUUUCGUUGUUGUAUCUGCUAUAGGUGCGUGUUUGGAUUCUUGAAUACACGUUGUACCUGUGUUGUACGUAUGUGCCAAAAAAAGUGGAGGGGAUUUGACUUAAUGCCAUUAAGACAAAUUCCAAUAAAGAAAGUUCGAGUGUUAUAA